AUGGGCAGCGCCCACCCUCGCCCCUGGCUGCGGCUCCGACCUCGGCCCCAGCCGCGGCCCGAGCUCUGCGCGCUCCUGUUCUUCCUCCUGCUGCUGGCUGCUGCAGUGCCCAGGUCGGCACCCAACGACAUCCUGGGCCUCCGCCUGCCCCCGGAACCUGUGCUCAAUGCCAACACGGUGUGCCUGACAUUGCCGGGCCUGAGCCGGCGGCAGAUGGAGGUGUGUGUGCGCCACCCCGAUGUGGCUGCCUCUGCCAUCCAGGGCAUCCAGAUUGCCAUCCAUGAGUGCCAGCACCAGUUCCGGGACCAGCGCUGGAACUGCUCUAGCCUUGAGACCCGGAACAAGAUCCCCUACGAGAGUCCCAUCUUCAGCAGAGGUUUCCGAGAGAGCGCCUUCGCCUACGCCAUUUCGGCAGCCGGCGUGGUGCACGCCGUGUCCAACGCGUGCGCCCUGGGCAAACUGCGAGCCUGUGGCUGCGACGCGUCCCGGCGAGGGGAUGAAGAGGCCUUCCGCCGGAAGCUGCACCGCCUGCAGUUGGACGCGCUACAGCGCGGCAAGGGCUUGAGCCACGGGGUCCCCGAGCACCCGGUCUUGCCUCCUGCCAGCCCCGACCUGCAGGAUUCCUGGGAGUGGGGCGGCUGCAGUCCCGACGUGGGCUUCGGGGAGCGCUUCUCCAAGGACUUUCUGGACUCUCGGGAGCCCCAUCGAGAUAUCCACGCGCGCAUGAGGCUCCACAACAACCGAGUUGGGAGACAGGCGGUGAUGGAGAAUAUGCGGCGGAAAUGCAAGUGCCACGGCACAUCAGGCAGCUGCCAGCUCAAGACGUGCUGGCAGGUGACUCCCGAGUUCCGCGCCGUGGGGGCGCUGCUGCGCAACCGCUUCCACCGCGCCACGCUUAUCCGGCCGCACAACCGCAACGGCGGCCAGCUGGAGCCGGGACCCGCGGGGGCACCCUCACCGGCCCCAGGCGUUCCCGGGCCGCGCCGCCGCGCCAGCCCCGCGGACCUGGUCUAUUUUGAGAAGUCGCCCGACUUCUGCGAGCGCGAGCCGCGGCUGGACUCAGCGGGCACCGUGGGCCGCCUGUGCAACAAGAGCAGCGCGGGCCCGGACGGCUGCGGCAGCAUGUGCUGCGGCCGCGGCCACAACAUCCUGCGCCAGACGCGCAGCGAGCGCUGCCACUGCCGCUUCCACUGGUGCUGCUUCGUGGUCUGCGAGGAGUGUCGUAUCACCGAGUGGGUCAGCGUCUGCAAGUGA